CGCACGAGUUUAUUUCAGCGACACCAAAGUUUGUUUGUACAUUUCUAUGCGCUACUUAGCUACAGAAGCGCAUAUUUUUCAGAGACUCAACUCAAACUAAACUCGUUUGUGUAUUAAUCUAUCUUGGCAUAAAUUAAAGUCUGGGUCAAGAUGUCAGAAUCUGGUCACAGUCAACCUGGUAUGUAUGGACAAGGAAGGAGAAGAAGGCGACGUCGGGACAGGGAUGGACCCCCAGGACAAAACCUAUCCGGACCCAGUCGCGACAGAGAAUAUGUCCCAAGAGAACGCAGGGAUGGUAGUGAGGAGGCUCCAGGACCACACCUGCAGAAGACCCCCAUCAUUCUGGCAAAACCUCCUGGAGAAAGGUCUAAACCAACUCAGAGUGUCCCUAUCAGUGGGGUGCCAGCCAUGGAGAAACCGAUCGUACUCUUCAAAGCCAGAGACGAUGGAGGGAAGCCGGGUACUCCUCCUGAGGUGACCCCGCUAGCCUCCAGCUCAGGGCCCUCCAAGCUUGAGAGGGAGGGACAGCGGCCAACCCAGCCUGUGUACCAGAUCCAAAACAGAGGCAUGGCUGCUGCAGCUGCUGCAUCAAGCAGCACUGUGGACCCGGUGAUUGGCCAGACCAAACUCCUUCCUCCGGAAAAGAUGAAACACAGCAUCAAGCUGGUAGACGAUCAGAUGAACUGGUGUGACAGUGCUAUGGAGUAUCUUAGGGACCAGACAGAUAUGCUGGUAGUGGGAGUCAUUGGCUUGCAGGGAACAGGAAAAUCCACCAUCAUGUCUCUCCUGUCAGCCAACACACCCGAGGAAGACCAAAGAGGGUAUGUGUUCAGAGCCCAAUCUCAGGAAAUCAAAGAGAGAGGAGGGAACCAGAGCACUGGGAUUGACUUCUUCAUAACCCAGGAGAGAGUCAUCUUCCUGGACACACAGCCCAUCCUCAGCCCUUCUAUCCUGGAUCAUCUGAUCAACAACGAUCGCAAGUUGCCUCCAGAGUACAACCUCCCUCACACAUACGUCGAGAUGCAGUCUCUUCAGAUCACUGCCUUCCUGUUCACCAUCUGCCAUGUGGUCGUCGUUGUUCAAGACUGGUUUACUGACAUCAACCUUUACAAGUUCCUUCAGACUGCAGAGAUGUUAAAACCUUCCACACCAUCAGCAAACCACGACAGCACGAGUGCUUCCGGAAGCGACGAAGGAUCUGAAUACUACCCCCACAUAGUUUUCCUGCAGAAUAAAUCUCGACGAGACGAGUUCUGUCCCCUGAACCUGAAGAAGAUGCACAUGACGGUGGACAAGCUGAUGGCCCACUCCCACCUCAAAUACAAAGGCACAUUGUCCAUGCUGGACUGUAACAUCUUUCCUGGCCUGGGGAGGGAUUACCUGGAGACUGAGGUCAACCUGUUCCUGCUCCCCCUGCAAGAGAACGAGGGGGAUGAUUCCCUGACGAAAACAGGAUCCGGGGCUCCCCCCCUCUUCUCCCUACUCCCAGGUUAUCAAGGACACCCUGCCUUCUCCUCACUGGUCUCCAAGCUCCGCAGCCAAAUACUUGCCAUGUCUCGCUCUCAGCUCUCACACACCAUUCUCACUGAGAAGAAUUGGUUUCACUAUGCUGCUCGUAUCUGGGAUGGGGUGAAGAAGUCAUCUGCUCUUUCAGAGUACAGCCGCCUGCUCUCCUAGCACCACAUUUGCAUUGCACAUUUGCAUUAGGCUGGAAGCAACGAGAGGCCAAGAGAGGAGAAAGUAGCCUUCUUACAAAGUCCAUGUGUCUAAAAACGUUUGUGACGUUUGUAUCCUUGGGACUAAUGAUGUUUGUGCUGUCCUUCAGUCCUUGUGUUGUGAGUGCCCAGCUGUCUGGAAAUAGAAACAAAAUGCAGAUGUCUACCUGGUUACAAAAAUCCAGUACAAGAUUGGAUGAUAUGUGUCAACCUAAGGAGAAAGUCUGGCUUCACAGCUGUGCUUGAGGCAGACUUGUUUGUAAUAGUAACUUGACUUAGAGAUUGAAUAAUAUGUGAUUUAUACAAUUGACUCUGCAUAGUGGAAAUGCAGUUCUAGUCCCCCCCCUCAAAAUAAAACGGAAUUGCUUUCACAAUGCUGUGAGUUUUUAAGGCCUCAUUAGGAAAACGGAGUGUCUCUUUUCUAAUUAUUUUCAAGAAUGGACCUUUCAAGAACUAACAGCUUCAGAGGGAGCUCCAAAUAGUUAGUUACAGCUCAUUACAUUAAUUCUAAUGGUGGAUUUGGAAUAGUGUUUUUGGUUUUUGAGGAAAAGUUUAAUCACUAUUAAGGUUGCCAAUGCCCUGGCCCUUCAUGUACCAGGAAUGAUUAUGUACUCUAUGGGGUGUUUGCUAUGUUUAUAUUAGUUUGUCUUUUUUUGUGCUAUGUAAUGCUGUAAACUAGUCUAAUAAUUCUCGACAUGAUAACUGACCGAGGAGACUAAAUUUGCACGAACAUUGUUCCAGUCGCUAUAUCCAUGCCUUAAGAAACCCACCAAGGAGGCUAAAGUGGUAGGAAUAGUGCCCAUGUGCGUGGUAGGCUACAUUCAUGCAAAUGAUUAUGUAGCCUUCAUUUGUCUGCUGUUUCCUAUGUUAUAAAUUGCUUAAGUUAUGUUGAUCAAAAUGUACUAUAUUGGUUCUCUGAUUACUUGUCUUACUACCAC